CCAGGCCCAGGAACUCCGUCGCGAAAAAAGCUUGGGCAACCUUGUUCGCCUUCUUGUACAAGAAGCUUUUAGCUCGGUAAGCAGCCAUCGACCAGCUUGCAGAGUUAGAUAAAGGGCGUGCCACCCAAUCUUCCUCUUGACCGUCGGCUAUCGCUGCAUUUUAUUCUCCCUCCUUUCUCGACGCUUUCUGGCAGCGCUCGCUCUUUUGCGCGCCAGAACCGCUGACCCCUUCUCAACACCAUCUUGGUGAUACGCGAUUCCAUCGACCCGAAUCCGAUUCGCUCGUGGCCAUAGCAUCCCGGCAUUUAUCAACAGGCCAAUUGCAUCUUGCUCAAUGCCCUUUUGAUUCAAUUUGCUUCGCACCGCACACUCGCACUUUCGCGCCCGACGCACCUCCUAGGCAGGCCAUCCUUUCCCGCCAACGAGACGCGCCACGUUCAUCAAGAAACGAGGAGCAUAAGGACCAGCGCUCGAAAUUUGCCAUUGAAUAACCAUCAUGUCGUUUGGUGGUGGUGGUUUCGGCGGAUUUGGUCAAAACAACAACCAGUCUUCCGGCUUCGGUGGAUUUGGCUCCAACAAUAAUAACAACUCGACCGGUUUCGGCUCCAGCGCAAGCGGCGGCUUCGGUCAGAAUAAACCAACUGGCGGUACCAUGUUCGGUGCCAACAAUAACACAGGUGGUGGCUUCGGCUCUACCACAGGUGGUUUCGGUUCCAACACUUCUGGCGGCUUCGGAACUAACAACGCCAAUACUUCAUUCGGAGCAUCCACAUCAGGUGGUGGCCUCUUCGGUGGCAACAACAACACCACAACGAAUACCUCUGGUGGCUUCGGAGGAUUCGGCUCUAACAACACUACUACAGCUUCAACUGGUUUCGGAAGCACUGCUGCCAACAAUUCUGGCGGUCUCUUUGGCGCGAAACCAGGCGGCUUCGGCUCUAGCACAUCAGGUUCUCUCUUUGGAGGCGGCAACACCGCUACUGGUGGAUUCGGCAGCAAUGCCAGCACUGGCUUUGGCGCCAACAACAAUGCCGUUAACGACCCUCCUGGUACUGCAGUGACUCCCUUCCAGGCAUACACUGAGAAGGAACCGAAUUCUACAAACACGCAGAAUGCUUUCCAAAACAUCCUGUUCCAGGAUCCUUACAAGAAGUGGUCUGCUGAUGAACUGCGACUUGUAGAUUACGCGCAAGGCCGCCGACAUGGAAAUGCUAGCGGAGCUGGUGCUUUUGGCGUUGGCUCUGGCUUUGGCGGAGGCUUCGGCUCGUCAACGACAACCCCGGCAACUGGUGGCUUCGGUUCCAACACCAACACUCCUGCAAGCGGUGGUCUUUUCGGCUCAAACAACAACACAUCCACAACAACAGGUUUCGGUCAAUCAGCUUCUACCGGCUUUGGAGCGUCCACCACAAACUCCGGUGGAUUAUUCGGACAGAACAAGCCUGCUACCACUGGUGGCUUGUUCGGCAGCAACACAAACACAACUACCCAAAGUGGUGGCCUCUUUGGAUCUGCAUCGGGUGGCUUCGGUAGCAACACCAAUACUACCGCAACUACGGGUGGCUUUGGUACAAGCGCCAGCGGUGGGUUGUUCGGCAACAACAAUCAGGCCAAGCCCGCUGGAACCGGCUUCAGCUUUGGUAACACAGCUACGAACACUGCCACUACCACAGGUGGAUUUGGUACAAGUGCAAGCACUGGUUUUGGUGCAGCCAACACUACCAACACUGGCGGCGGUCUCUUCGGCAACAACACAACCACUACCCCUGCUACAGGUGGUGGUCUUUUUGGUAACACGCAGACUCAGCAGAACACCACGAGCGCAUUUGGCGGUGGCUUUGGUCAACAAAACCAGACUCAACAGACUGGUGGUGGCCUCUUCGGUGCCGCUGCAGCAAAGCCUGCAACUGGUGGCCUUUUCGGCGCCAGUACAACCACUCCUGCCGCUGGAGGUGGUCUAUUUGGCAACACAGCUACUCAACCAGCCGCAGGAGGUGCAUUCGGUGCCCAGAACACUGCUUCUGGAGGUCUAUUCGGUGCUGCUAAACCUGCCACCGGUGGACUUUUUGGCAAUGCUGGCGCUGCACAGCCCGCCGCAACUGGAGGCACUGGUCUUUUCGGUGCCGCCAAUGCGGCACAACCAGCAACCGGUGGUGGUCUCUUUGGCUCCACCGCACAGGCUCAGAAGCCGGGUGGUCUAUUUGGCGCGUCUACUCAAGCAACUGGUGGCGGUCUUUUCGGCCAAUCCACUCAAAACCAGGGCUCGUCACUCUUUGGUGGUAGCACGCAGGCCGGUCAACAAGGCGGUGCUCUCGGCAACUCCUUGCUCGGUAACUCGCAACAAUCACAGAACGCCCCUCAGGGUCUAACUGCCAACUUGAACGACGUUUCUGCUUAUGGAACCCCAGCACUAUUCGCCGGACUAGGAGGAAAUGAAGUCGCAGAUCCUGGACCUCUGGCAACACCGCUCAACGGUGGUUCUAAGCCGCGUAAGAGUGCCAUUCUUCCCCUAUACAAGCUUGCGCCAGCUUCAGCUUCCCGCUAUGCGACACCACAGAAGCGUGGCUUCGGCUUCUCCUACAGCAGCUACGGUACCCCUGGAGGCAGCCCUGCUAGUAUCUCCAGCACUCCUAAUGGUGGUCUUGGUCGUAGCCUGCUUGGUUCUGGCUCCAGUGGCUCACUCAGCAAGAGCAUGUCCACCAAUAACCUCCGCCGCGCUUUCAAUGCCGAAGAUAGUAUUCUUGCCCCUGGUGCCUUCUCAUCCAGCAAUGGCGCUAGAUGGUACGGCAGCACCGGUUCCAAGAAGCUUGUCAUCAACCGCGAAAUUCGAAGCGAUCUCUUCUCUACCCCUCAAAAGGAUAAGCAGAUCGAGGGUGGUAGCGCUAGAAAGCUAGCCAAGCGCGUCAGCUUCGACACUAGUAACGGAGAGGCGGACGAGACAACCCCCAUUCGUGGUGCUCUCCCAGCACCUGAGGAUGUCGCAUCCGCCAAGGGCGAUGAGACUCCUCGUCAAAACAAAACCACCGCUCCUGCCAACGUCACAUCACCAGAGAUGGAACAGGUCAAGGGCAACGAAUUGGCCAUUGUUCACGAGGAAGACAAUGCUGCUACACCUGAGGGCCACCAAGGUAACGGUUUCGAGAACGCGCCCGGCCAGUACUGGAUGCAACCUACUAGAGAAGAGCUGCAAGCAAUGAACCGAAUCCAGCGUCAAAAGGUCGAUGGCUUCACCGUUGGACGUGAUAACGUUGGUUACGUCAAGUUCAAGAUUCCUGUGGAUAUUAGCGGCAUUGACAUGGACGAACUCUGCGGUGGAAUUAUUCAGUUGGAGCCACGCUCCGCCACCGUCUAUCCCGUUGCAGCGAAGAAGCCUCCCGUUGGUAAGGGCCUGAACGUCCCCGCUACAAUUGCCUUGGAGCAGUCAUGGCCUCGUGGUGGCCGCGAUAAGCGUGUUUCCAGCGAUCCCAAGCGAUUCAACAAGCAUGUUGACCGCCUCAAGCGUAUUCCCGACACGACCUUUGAGAGCUACGAUAAGGAUACUGGUGUUUGGAUCUUCGGCGUCGAACACUUCACAACAUACGGCUUGGACGACUCUGAUGACGAAACUGAUGCUGACGAGGUAACGGAGCCUACGCUGCCAACUCGCGAGGAAAUCCCCGAGGCUAUGGACCAGACACCGACCGCUCGGUUUCGAGGCAGCGAUACACGCCAACAUCGCGUGCUCCCAGGAGCGUUUGACGAACCGGAAGACUUCUUUGAUGGAGAUGUAAACUCUUUCAAGCAGUCUUUUUUAGGGGUUAGCUCCGCGGAUUCUGCAUUCAACGAUGUCCACUUGUCACUAGAGGGUGACGAGAUGGAUAUGGGUGGAGAAUAUGAACUGUCUGAGGACGAAGACCUGGCGAGGCCUUCGACCGGACAGCAUCACGCCGCGGAGCUUGAUGAAAACUCGCCAGAGGAUACCCAGGUUGCCAAGCGUGGCACACCUGGCGGUAUCCUUCGUGCAAGGAUGCGAGCAGUGAAAGAUUCUGCUGGUCCUGUCACGUUGGAAGUUGCUGAUGGAGAUGACUGGGCUGAAAUGUUGCGCAAGACAGUGAGUCCUGUGAAGCGCGACAGACAGCUUCUUAGAGAACUGAAUGACUCUCCAAGCAAGAUGCUUAUUGACUUUGGAGAAUCGCCCGUGAAGGCUGGCUGGGGGAAGAAGGCCGCCAAGGACGGCAAACAAGAUGGUUUCAGUGCGAACUUGGCUGGAGACAAGAACCGUGGAUUCGCGACCAGUAUCGACCUCAUGAACUCGCUAUUUGAGAAGCCUAAGCCUGCUCGCGAGAACUUGCGCGCAUCAACAACCGGCAAAGGAUUUCCCAAGUGGCCAUAUCAAAGACAAAACAAAUCCAUGGGCGUAGAAGACGACGAGAAAGCUUUCCACAACGUCCCCCGUCCAACAUGGGGCCCCAACGAAACCUUGGUCGCAGCUAGACCCCUUGGCUCGCGACAAUUCCGACAUUCACUCCGCGAUAACACCGAUAUCUUAGUCUUCCAACGAUCCGGUAUUCAAACAGAUGGACAGGACCUUCGCCUUGCCAAGUUUGCUACUCAGUUGUCGAAAGUCUACCUCCGCUCACAAGACAAACUAACAAAGAUUUCGCUGCUAGACAAUGUCCCGUUUGCUGCGCUUCAGACAAAAUCUAUCAAGGAGAUGUUCCAUCACCAGGAUAUGAAUGAUCCUGCAAGCAUCCAUGAGAAGCGCGUCUGGGAACUAGCCAGUGUGCUUUUCGAUCAAAUCACCCCUCGAUCAGAUCCCGAGCACGUCAAUCGCAAAGGCCAGCUCUCCGAAUUUUGGACCGAGUUGGUUGAGCAAGCCUCGUCAACAGCGGUUGGGCUGGCUGGAUCAAGUGAAGAAAAGGCGGUAGCAUGUCUAGCGGGACACCGCAUCACUGAGGCGUGCAAGCAUCUCUUGGACGGCAAAAACUACCGCCUCGGUACUUUGGUGCCUCUCCUUGGUACUAGUGACUCAGCCAAGAAGGAUAUGAAGGAUCAAUUGAAGCAGUGGCAAGAUUCCAAGAUGCUGUCUGAAUUCUCCGAAGCCAUCCGCACCAUCUGCGAGCUGCUCAGCGGCAACGUCUGUGCUUGCGAAGGGAUGAAGAAUGUUCCCAUUGAAGAUAGAUUGGAGUCAUUUGUCAUCUCCAAGAAGUUUGGGCUUGAUUGGCGCCAAUCAUUUGGUCUCCGCCUUUGGUAUGCUCUUAACCAGGAUGAUGACGCACGAGAGGCUGUUCUCAAGUUCAAGGACGACAUUACGCAAGAUCGCGAGGAUAUCCCUUGCCCUUGGUAUGUCGAACAGAAUAUUCAGCCGCUAUGGAAGGAUGCCGAGCUCGACAGCCGCGAGGACCUGCUUUGGGGUCUGCUUCAGCUUUAUGCUGAUCGCAACACAAACUUGGACGCCAUCCUGCAACCUGAGAAUUCGCAGCUUUCUCCCAUGGACAUUCGCGUGUGCUGGCAACUAGGCCAGGCGCUCUUGGCAACAGGAAAGGCAACGUACGGCGACGACAGUGAUGCGAAGGCUGACGCCGUGACCAUUGCCUAUGCUGCGCAGUUGACCACUGCGGGCGAGUGGUUGGAGGCCGUUUUCGUUCUCCUUCACCUUCGCGAUGCCACAGCCCGCAAGCAAGCUAUCCAGGAACACUUGUGCCGCCACGCCGGCCUUAUUGGCCCUGAGUCAGACUCCAGCUUCAGUAUCUUGACUGAGAAGUUCUUGAUUCCAGCCGAAUGGGUUUGGGAAGCGCUUGCCCUCUAUAUGCGCAGUGUUAAGAAGGAUGCUUCCUCCGAGGUCCAGUGCUUGUUGAAGGCUGGAUCAUUCUCCGAAGCCCAUCGUGUGCUCGUCAACCAAGUUGCACCAGAAGCUAUUGUGGAGCGCAACUAUUCUUCGCUCUCGUCGCUCCUUGAGCAGUUUGAAGGAAGAGAAGACUCCAUCGCAGAGUGGUCGCUUGGCGGUGAAAUCUAUGGCCACUUCUUGGGCCUGAUCCAGCACCGCUCCAAGGACGAAAGCGUGCCAUCAGCUCUCUUGGAACGCCUCCUUUCCGGUCUCAACGCCAUGAACGAACAGGGCUCAGACACUGAGAUUGUCCGGUAUGCUGCCAUUUCCGACAUGGCUGACGAGACUGCGCGCGAGAUUCUCAAGGUUGCGCAAAAGAAGCAAGACUCGGAACUGCGUACGCGAGUGCUGCACCUGCCGCUGACGCAGGACCGUCUGCUUGCCUACUCGGUAGAUAUCGGAUUGGACCGCUUUAGGGAAGUCAUGUCGCAUUAAGCGCGGUGUGGACUUGAGAUUGCAUUAAUAGUUGACGUUGAAUUUGAUUUUUGAGAAGGUACGGCCUUGGGCCGGAAGGGCAUUAUAAAAACUGCGUUUGGAAGCUAUUGUAGGACACGGGACGAUCUUUUUGUACAAUUGCAUUAUAUUAGAUAGCUGAGAGGAUGACAAUAGUAGUACCUACGCCAUUGCACUCACCAACUUUGCUGUCUCUCUAAAUACGUGACGUGGGCUAUUGGAUGAGUCCCAUCUGGAUACCUACCGAAUAUAGUCGAAGCCUAUUAUUUUAAUUAGUAAUAGUUAUAAUUAACGUAUACGAUA